GAGACUCCACUCGGAUGUAUUUUGCAGUGACACACUUCCAAAAUGUCUUCCAAGCAUGAACCGGUGUAUCAAAUAUUCUCAUUUCAGGACUGUAAAUCCUCACCUGACCCGAUUUUUGAACUCCCCGCUCAGUGUCUGACCGACACACCGACUCCUAUAGUGAUAGAUAACGGCUCCUUCCAGACCCGGGCCGGCUGGGCGGCUCCAGCGGCGGAGUUUGAGUCUCCGCGGCUGCUCUUCAGGUCGGUGGCGGCGCGCAGCAGAGGGGCCGCCCGCAGCGAGACCCAGAUCGGUAAUGAUAUCUCAAACCUGGAGCCGCUGCGGUGGCUGCUAAAGAGCCAGUUCGACCGAAACGUGGUGGUAAACUUUGAGAUCCAGGAGCUCAUGUUCGACCAUGUGUUUACUCACCUGGGUCUCGGCUCUGAGGAUGGUGUCCCACACCCCAUUGUGCUGACAGAGGCGCCCGGCAACCCGCUCCACUGCCGGCAGAUGAUGUCAGAGUUGCUGUUUGAGUGCUACCGCGUCCCAUAUGUCUCCUACGGCGUGGACAGCUUGUACAGUUUCUACCACAAUAACACUCAAAGGAGCCUCCAGCCACCACACACCGGCAUCGUUCUGUCGUCAGGAUACCACUGUUCACACAUCCUGCCGGUCAUCAACGGCAGGUUUGAUGCGGUGAACUGUAAGCGUGUGAACGUGGCUGGGAGUCAGGCAGCGUCCUACCUGCAGCGCCUCCUCCAGCUGAAAUACCCAGGUCACCUCGCCGCCGUCACACUCAGCCGCGUGGAGGAACUGCUGCAUGAACACAGUUACACUGCUGUGGAUUACCAUGAAGAGCUGGAAAAGUGGCGCAGCCCAGAGUUUUAUGAGCGGGAGGUUCACCAUAUGCAGCUUCCUUUUUCGACUAAGGUGCCGGGCGGCUGUGUGAGCGUAGAGGAGAGGCAGGAGAGACGGGCUCAGCAGCUUCGACGGCUUCAGGAAAUCAACGCUCGCCGACGGGAGGAGAAGCUGCUGCAGGACCAAGAGAGGCUGGACAGACUUAUGGCAGUCCAGGAGCUGCUGGAGGACGGCCUGUUGGAUCAGUUUCACAAGAGCCUGGUGGAGCUCAACAUGGACUCGGCCGAGGAGCUGCAGUCGUACAUCAACAAACUGCAGAUGGCUGUAGAGCAGGGCAGACAAAAACUGCUGCACAGCGACGGAGCAGAGGGAAAGACGGAGGUGUCUGAGCUGGAGCAGCCGAUGGACGAGGGAGACGGAGUGGCACUGAUGGAUCCUGAUUUCCCUGAGGACACGCUGCCAGAAAAACCUGCUAAUGUGGUUCAGCCCGUGUUCAAUAUGGCGGAGUACCACCAGCUGUUUGUCGGGACGGAGCGCCUACGAUGUCCAGAGAUCCUCUUCCAGCCCUCACCGACCGGAGAGGACCAGAUGGGACUGAUGGAGACGCUGCAGUACGUCCUGGCCAGGUACACUCCAGAGCAGCAGGAGGCGCUGGUGAGCAAUGUGUUUCUGACAGGAGGGAACAUGCAGUACCCCGGGAUGAAGGAGAGAGUGGAGAGAGAACUGCUGGCUAUGAGGCCCUUCCAGUCACACUUCAAGGUAACAAUGGCAUUGCAGCCGGCCCUGGACGCCUGGUACGGGGCAAGAGACUGGGCCUUGGAGCAUCCACCUGGUGGAGAGGGAGGGCCGGCAGAGGGAUGGAUCAGCAGGCAGGAGUACGAGGAGAAAGGAGGCGAGUACCUCAGCGAGCACUGUGCCUCUAACGUCUUUGUUCCCAUGAAAAUCGUCAAACCACUUCCUGCUCGCCCCGCCGAGCCCUCGGUUACCACACUGACAUCAACCGGAGCUUCUGCUGCCGUCACUAUGGUUACGUCUGCCCUGACUCCCUCCUGUCCUACUGUUGCUGCUGAUGUUUCUAUGGUUACCUCCUAAACUGGGAUCUGUCCGUUCUCACGAGUCUCUGAUGUUCAAAGAAUUCCAGAAAUAAUUUUUUAAUGAAGUGUUUUUUUUUCUUUCAUUCAGUUUGACUUGUCUUCUUCAUUGGUUUGUGACCUCUAAUGUUUCCCAGCAUGCCUUUCAACAACCCCAAAAAGCAGGUGUGAACCUAAUGCAUUCAAUCAAAGGUAAAGAAGACCUUGAUGUUUAUUGUUGAGGAUUCAGAUAGGUGGUCCUGCACAAACAUGAUUGUAACUGUAACUGUGGUUUGCUAUUGGGAAGAAACCCACAGCUGAGAAAUACAAGUUACAUGAGCAGUAGCUGUUUUUACAGUGUUAAGACAUGGAGGUUUUCCUCUAUGUACCAACAAAGUCAUCAUUUCCUUUUUACUUCCUGUCUGUUCUCAAUCAUCUGUUUUUGGUCUCCAACUUUUAUGACUUCCUGACUGUUUUGUUUUAUUUUCAUAAUUCUUUGCGACACCACAAGAGACCGUUCAUAUUGAAUGGUCAUCAAAUGAAUGAUCUUAAAAGGUCCAGUGAUAAUAUUUUGUAUUAUGUAAAUAGAAAUUGUUGUUUGUGAGUUUAAAAAAUAUAUAUAUUCACUGAUGGAAA